AUCAUAAUUUUUUUUCAAUAAUCAAUACGAUAAUUGAAGUGUCAAAUCAAACAAAGAGAAAAAAGUGUAAAGUGAUAGAUAUGUGGUCAAAUAAUGCAAAAGUCUUUUCUUUUCGAUUAAAAAAUGUAUAUUUUCAAGUGGAUCGAGAAAGAUUCUUCCGCACAGCAAAAUUCGCUCAGGCACAACAACAAGCGUUAGCAACGAAGACGUAUCCGGCCGAAACCAAAUCAACUACGCCCCUAAAGGAAAAGGAAGUUGAAGCAAGCACUUAUUUGGCCCCUCAAACUAAAAAAUUACCAGAUACAACUGAAACUAUAUCAUUCGAUGAGAUUCCAGGACCAAUCAGCUUGCGACUUAUAUCGAAAUUUUGGGGUAUGAUUCCCAUCAUGGGUACUGAAAUAACCGUAAGUGUUGUACAAUAUUUAUUAAGCGGAGGCAAAUUUUUCGGUGGUAUCCUUAGUUGGGGAGGUAACGCACCAUUCUUUAAAAAAUUCUUUGACGUUUAUGGACCUGUUGUCAGAUUACACGGCGCAUUUGGAAGUGAUGUCGUCCUGUUAAGUCGACCGGAGCAUGCUAGUGCUGUAUUUCAGAGUGAGGGGCCGUAUCCCAUUAGAUCAUGCUUAGAUUCUGUUGAAAAAUACAGACUGCAAUGCAGGAAUUAUAAACAAGCUGGUCCAUUUCUAACGUAUGGACCAGAGUGGGAAAAAAUGCGUAAAUCAAUUGAAAUACCUCUUCAAACAAUUGUAGCGGACCAACAAAGUAUCAUUGAUAAAAAUAAUUCGGAUUUCAUCGACAGGAUGUUGAUUAUUAGAAACAAACAAGAAGAAAUGCCUGGAAACUUUAAGGUAGAAAUUUAUAAGUGGGUUUUGGAAUGUCUUUGCUCGGUCACAUUGAAUAGAAGACUAGGAUUUCUUGAUCCAGCUGGAGUAAGUCCGGCUUCUGAUCCCGGAAGAUUGCUAGAUGGUUUAUUUGGAGCUACAGCUGCUAUUAGGAAGUUGGAGUAUGGUUUUCACUUAUGGAAGUUUAUAGAAACUCCCGCAUGGAAGAGCUUGGUUAAAAAUUGCGAUUUGAUAGAUGGUGUAUUGUCGAAAUACGUUGAUAAAGCAAAAGACUCUUUACAAGAGAAGAAAGCGCAAAAUGCUAUUUUGGAAAAACCUACUUUAAUUGAACAUCUUUUGCUAAAAGAAAAUAUCGUAGGAGAGGACGUGAUGACUCUUUUAUUGGACAUGUUUUUGAUUGGUGCUAAUGCAACAGCUCAUUCCGUAGCCUUCUUUUUUUACCAUCUCGCCAGAAACCCCCGUUGCCAGAUCAAGUUAUACACGGAAAUUAAAGAUUACUCUGGAGAGAUCACCGUUGAUGGCUUAAAGAAUCUCAAGUAUCUUCAGGCUUGCUUGAAGGAAACUUUGAGAUUGGAUCCACCUAUACCAAUUUUAAGCAGAGUAUUGAGUAAUGAUGUUAUUAUUCAUCAUUAUCGCAUACCGAAGGGCACUCACGUUCUAUACGCCACUCAUUUAAAUAACAUGCGCGAAGAAUAUUUUGAAGAUGCGGCUAAAUUCAAACCGGAAAGGUGGUUCAGUGACGAUACAGGUGGAUUCGGUAAUGAACAUCAAACGUUUGCUUCUAUGCCUUUUGGUUACGGACCUAGAAAUUGUUUUGCGCGAGAAAUGGCCGAAAACGAGAUAGCUUCUUUGAUAUUGAAGGUUUGCAAGAAGUUUAGGAUUGAGUAUAACUAUGGAGACAUGAAAAGUUCUCAUGAGUUGAUGGCUUCUCCUACCAAACCAUUGAAAUUCAGAUUUAUAAAUAGGGUUUAGUUUUUAGGUUAGUUUUCAACAAAAAUGUGUUUUUUCGAUCGGAGACAGUUCGAACUAACGAAAUGAAUUUGUUUGGUUAUAGAUUUUUCGUAAAAUUUGGAACAUAUAUUUUUACGUUGUGAUUAAAGCAUUGUUCUGAAUAAAAUUGUAUAAUUAC